AAAUAAUAUCCGCGAUAAUUGUCAAUAAAAAAAAGUCAUCUUGAAGUCAAGGGUGAAAGGGAAAGAUGAAAACUCCGAAAUUAAAAUCGAAUAGAACGAAAUCCGUCCGCUCUCGUGCUGCGCGACGAGAUGCCUCUCCAAGUGUCGAUGUCGACAAGUCUAUAGCGUCACUUCCCCGUGCGGAGCGAACUGUCUUGACCCGACCUUCCGUCCUCGGUGCACAGCAUGUCGCUGGUGUAUCGAAAAAGAAGCAAAAGCGCCAGACGCGGGCGCAACGUCUCCGGCAAGAAAAGGGAUUAGAACGGGCAGAAAUAGUGAUGGAUAAAACUGAAAAGAAGGUUGCGAAGAGCAUGAAUAGAGGAAAGGUUGUAAAAGCACGAAAGGCUACGUGGGAUGACCUCAACAAACGGGGCACAAAUGCAUAUAAGAUUCUACAAGAUCAAGGCCCUGAUGCCAUGGAUACGAGCGACAACGAAAGACAACCGAAACAACGAAAACCAGCCGUGUCAUCCGUUAAUCCACCGCAACUCGCCCAACCCGCGCAGACGGAGCAGUUUGAUUUUGAACUCGACGGAGAGAUCACCUAAACCCGGACAGCGGCUUCAAAAUUAUUUUCACAAUGGAUCUUAUUUCUUGGGCCUCAGUUGAAUAAUCAUCCGGUCUAUUUCCGCCACAGUAUUGCCGGAGGCGCGAGUUCUUAACCGCUCAAGGCUGCUGAUAUCUUUUGCCUUGAGGGCCUCUUCUCCGGCCUUAACUACCAUUCCGCACUUGAUCCACAUCUCAAUUCUUUCGGAAACGCCUAGUGUGGUGCACUUGGGGAUAAAUGUGGAAGCAAGUUUCGUGUUUCCGGCCCCGAGAAUCUCGUUGUAAAAAGGCUAUCAUAUAUAAGCUACCAUUCACGCAAAAAGAUUAAAUGGCUCCCUGCUGGAAUUUCCAAGGUUUAAGGAACAUACCUCCCAUCCAAUAGGGGAUUUUUUGGCUUUGCCUAUUUCUUCAAGCUCCCCCCAGUCACGCUUUGCGACUAAACCUCGCAGUCUCAACCACCAAUAAGUUUUCUCGGGAACUUUGAAUUCACUCUGAACUUUGCUGGCGCGUUUCCCGUAACCAGAUCGAAUCAGCCUGUAUAUAGUUUCGUUCACACUUAGACCAACAAAAUUGACGCCGUCAGAGAGAUCUUUGUCUAGGCCUUCUUGGAUUUUCAGGAGUUGAGACGCUUCGGUUAGUGCCUUGAGAUGCGAUUGAACGUUUGCGUCUUUAGAAUCUGAGAGCAAGCGAGAUGCGAUACGCAUCUUAUCUAUUUUUCCUUGCAGACUGGGUUGUUUUAGAGCCUCUCUGAAGAGCAGAUUCGAUCCAUCAAUAGACCUGUCAUCUUGGUAAAA